UAUGUUUCUGGCAACCAAGAGAAAAGUCCACAGCAAACAGGCACGGCUGGAGAACCAUGACUCAGUUACACUCAAACCUUUUUCUCCAACGUUAGAUUUAUCGGGAAGAAUGCAAGUUAGACAAAACAGCACACAGAAACUUUUAAAUCUGGUGUAAGAGCUAUUUCACUGCAAUGGCUGAUCCGAUUGUUGACCAGAUGACUCGUCUGAAAUUAAAACUGCUAGAAAAGAGACUGGAGAAUGAGAGAGCGGCUCAUGAUGAAAGGGCAGACUCUGCGCUUUCUGCAAGAAGUUAUGAUGGGCGGAACGAAGCAUUGCACAGUGCUCUGAGACGCAAGAGAGACUUACUCCGGAGACUAAGGGAACAGCACAUGUUGGAUGACUUGGUAAGGCCACAGACGUGGGGUGGACCUCUCAGACAGCAUCAUUACGAAUCUCCUGCCUCACCCGUACCCCCGGUUUAUAUCUAUCAGUCUCCGCCUCCUGCUCCUCCUCCUGCUCCUCCUCCAGCUCCUCCUCCAGCCCUGCAGCCUCCCCGAAUCAUCCAACACACUGUUCCUCAUCCACCAGCCACCAUCAUUCAGCAGCUCCCACAGCAGCAGCCGCUUAUAGCUCAGAUUCCACCACUCCAACCUGCGCCCCACAGAUCCGGCAGCAUUAAAGAGGACAUGGUGGAACUGAUGCUCAUGCAGAAUGCUCAGAUGCACCAGAUCAUCAUGCACAACAUGAUGCUAAAGGCGCUUCCUCCGACGGCCGCUGGCAUGAGCGGGAGUCUUCCUGCAGGCCAGGAGAACUACAUGAAAGCCAAAGGAGGCCCUGUCCACCAUCAUCAUCACUAUGGGCCUCCGCCGCUCCCUCCUAUUGGCUACUCAGCUUGGCCAUCUAUGAUGUCAGCACAAAGGGGAGGGGCUUAUCACCCAUCCAUUCAGCACAUAACAGGCCCGGUAACUCUGCCUCCACUUAACACCGUCACUGUUGAUGGACUGAAGACGAGAUUUCCUCUUGGAUUCUAAGCAUCCUGCACUCCUCUCGGGUUCUGUGAAGAAGAGAAUAUACACAUAUUUAUGUUCCUGGUUGAAAUAUAUGCAUCUUUGUAAAUGAGUAAUAAAAUCUUUUUUAAAUGUUUGAAAUACAUUUUUGAUGAGGUGCUUAUUUAUGAUCUGGCUGAAUGAAAUUUAUACUGUGUAACUGGAUUUGUGUCACUUAAACUCUCAGAAUG